UCGCUGCCAUGAAGCCGUCAACUUUUCUGUUUUGUCUUUGUGCGGGCGCGGAAGUCGUCCCGGUGGCUUGCCAUGGAAAACUGUUUGGACCCGCUGAUCCUCGAUCCUAAUGUCUGUCCUGGUCUGCAGCCGCCGCCGGGCGUGAUACCCAUGGACCCGAAUGCGUACAGCCUGCGUCCAUAUGUCAUCGAGACUACCGCCGUGUGUUUGGCAUUCACGGUGCCCGCCGUUGUAGUACGCAUCUUCACUAAGGGGUACAUACUCAAGAAGAUGCAAGUCGAGGAUUAUUCCCUGCUCAUAGCACUGGCUGGCUAUGCCGCCUACUUAGGGGUCAUGCUCAAGGCUUUCGACUACAACUGCGGCAAGCAUCAAUGGAAUGUAUCCAUUGCCGACACUAUGAUCAUCCUCAAGUACGUCAACAUAGUCCAAAUCCUCUACUCCCCACCCAUGUUCUUCGCCAAACUAGCCCUCCUCCUCCAAAUCCAACGCAUCUUCACUGUCACCCAAAAGAACUUCACCUAUUGGGCCUCCUGGGCGCUCAUCAUCGCCAACGGCGCCAUCUACACCGCCGUGCUGUUCGCAUUCAUCUUCGCCUGCGUGCCGCGGGAGAAGAUCUGGAAUCCGAUGCUCUCCGGCAAAUGCAUUAACACGGGCGCGACGAUGAUUACGACGAGUACUAUCAAUGUGGUCUCGGACGUGGUGAUUUUGGUACUGCCCAUGUUGGAGGUGUGGAAAUUGCAUAUGCCACUGAGGAGGAAGGUGGCUGUGGCGGCGAUUUUUGCUACAGGAAUACUUGCUUGUGCAGCGUGCGUCUGCCGUCUCGCCUACACCAUCAAACUUAUUGACACCAACGACCUAACGUAUUGGGUCGCACCAGCAGGCAUGUGGGGUGCCGCCGAAUUCGCAACUGUCAUCCUGUGCUGUUGUUUCCCCACCUUCCCGCGCUUCCUGACUUUCCUUCGUGGCAAAGAUCGGUCCAGCAAAAGCUACUCUUACGGAUCGAAUUUGAAGGCAGAACCAUCGGGAAGCCACUCUAAGAGCACGGGGAAGAACCCAAAGAGUCCGUAUUCGUGGAAUGAGACCAUGCCAGAUGGCCCAUAUAUUCAACUGGAUGAAAGGACCCUGGCGUCAAGAAGCGAGCACGUUAUUACAACCGCGGACUCUUUGGAGAGCUUGAGGCGGCUGGGUAUUGGGGCGAUCUUGAGGACGACGGAAAUUGAGACGUCUUCCGUUCAUCUCGACAACGGAACGCAGAAGGAUGAAACAUUACUAGCAAGAUAG